UUAAUUGAGAGAGACGCCUCCCAUAUUCGCAAAAUUUACAGGUCUGAUAUUGAUUAUUAAAAUUUAAACGAUACAAAAUAUUGAUUAUUGAGAGAAGCCGAUGUAAAGAUGUACAUUAGUUAAAAUUCGUAGGAGGCUUUUAAACUAUGCCGAAUAAUUUCUUUAAUGGUAUUGAUAACCGCUCCAGAACUGAGGAAGUCACAUAGAGAGGUCUGUAUUUGAGAUACACAGGGAAGUCGAUAAAUCGUUUUCUCUGUUAUUGCGUAGGGAAGAUUGAAGAGGCAAUGGAGGGUCAAGAAGGAAUUCAGGAGCCCAAGUUAGUAUUGGCACACAAGAUCUUUCUCCUCAGGCAUCCCGAUGUGCCCGACAUCGAGAAAAUCCAUCUCAAGGAUGAGGUUCUCACUCUCGUUCAGGCUGAUGAUAUGGCCUUGCUCUACGAAUCAUUAUGCUCAGAGUUAGGGUGGAAUAUUGAUCAAACCCUCUUGCAAACUAUGCGACUUAAAAUUCAAGACGACCUCAUCAAGCUCGAUGAAAAGGUUACUGAUGCAGAGGAAAAUCUAGGUGAAAGUGAAGUACGAGAGGCACACCUUGCAAAAUCUUUGUAUUACAUACGCGUUGGUGACAAGGAAAAGGCUUUGGAACAAAUGAAAGUCACUGAAGGCAAGACUGUUGCUGUUGGCCAGAAGAUGGACUUGGUUUUCCACACCCUUCAGCUAGGGUUCUUCUUCAUGGACUUUGAUCUAAUUUCCAAAGGAAUUGACAAAGCAAAGAAUUUGUUUGAGGAAGGAGGUGAUUGGGAAAGGAAGAAUCGAUUGAAGGUGUAUGAGGGCCUUUACUGUAUGUCUACACGAAAUUUCAAGAAAGCAGCAGAACUAUUUUUAGAUUCUAUCUCAACAUUCACAACAUAUGAGCUUUUCCCAUAUGAUGUCUUCAUAUUCUACACUGUGCUGACCAGUAUCAUCUCAUUGGACAGAGUCUCACUCAAGCAAAAGGUUGUGGACGCACCUGAGAUUUUGACUGUGAUUAGCAAGAUACCACAUCUUUCUGAUUUUCUUAACUCUCUAUAUCUCUGUCAGUACAAGUCAUUUUUUAUUGCUUUUGCCGGCUUGACAGAUCAAAUAAAACUCGAUCGCUACUUGCAUCCACAUUUUCGGUACUACAUGAGAGAGGUCCGCACUGUUGUAUAUUCACAGUUUCUAGAAUCCUACAAAAGUGUAACUAUGGAGGCCAUGGCAAAAGCUUUUGGAGUCAGUGUUGAUUUUAUUGACACGGAACUCUCUCGUUUCAUAGCAGCAGGUAAGCUUCAUUGCAAAAUUGAUAAAGUUGCUGGUGUUUUAGAAACCAACAGACCAGAUGCCAAGAAUGCUCUUUACCAGGCAACAAUCAAGCAAGGAGAUUUCCUUUUGAAUCGUAUUCAAAAACUCUCCAGAGUAAUUGACCUUUAAGCUGUGGAAUGAGUUUGCUUUGAGUAGCUGCUCAAGGGCGAUUUUGAAGCCUGAUAGGACUUGAUGAAUAUUGAUCAUGUUCUAAACUGAGUAGCCGGAUAUGCCUCUGCCCCUCCCCUUGCGCAUGUAUCUCUGUAUCCGAUAUGGCACAGAUACACGUCGGAUACCAUACCCCCGUGUGCCCAAAAAACCUUGAUUUUCCAACCUUGCUGGAUAUUGCGUGAUUUGAUUUUUAAAAAAAUGACCUAUAUCUUCGUAAACUUAAUUAUAAAAACUUCAAUCAUGCAAUUUUCAAUUUUUUUUUGGUAUAAACAAAACCUACACCAAAUGAGGAAGACAAAUGAAAUGUUUUUCUAUUUCAGCCACCCAUUUUUUGGGUUAUCUUCCAAUGCAACUCUACUAUAUUUUGCCUAUUGUAAAUCGUUAAAUCAACUUAUAAUUACUUAUGUAGCAAUUAUGUGUCUA